UCAUUUGUAGACCAACAGGUGUACAAAAUGCCAUGUUCAAACAACUUUAAUCUUUGUAAAGACGUUGCAAAGUUUAGAAAAACAUUCGAACCAAUCUAUCAGUGCAAAUUAAGACCGACAUAACAUCCGUGAUAAACUCUUUGCAAGUGUAAUUGUAUCACAAUAUAUCUUUCACUUUAAAUCUACAGAAACUGAUCAUUUGACAAAGUAAACGGCUGCAGUUCUUAUUCAUUGAUGAUAUCUUCAUAAUUUAAUUUGAACUAAUCUAGAUUAAAAACAUUCGUUUUAUAAAUGCAUUUAGAGGCGAUAAGCAAUGAGUCAAACAGCUGAAUCAGAACAAAAAGCUGAUACCUCAGAAGUUUUGAAGAAAAAGAAGACUAGAAAGCGUUCAAAAAUAAAUAAUGGUGAUAUAGGACCAAUUUUGGAUGCUCUAGGGGAUGACAUAACAAUUGCGUCGGAAAUGGAAACUGUGAAUAAUAGAAGAAAUAGUCAGGCAACCGGAGCAAGAAAGAUUCCAGUUAUAAAUAGUCACGGUGAUGGUGUACACACUUUCCCUGAGAGUAACCUUGCUCCAAAUGUCUAUCUUGAAAAUCGGAGUGGUUUUCGUGCUCAACCUUUAAAAGAUUAUGAGAAGAACAUAAAUACUAAGCAACAGAAAGAAUCAAUUGCAAAAUUGAAAUCACAGGAUAAGCAAAGACUGAUAAAUAUGCCAAAUAAUCCAGGAUUGUAUUUUGUUGUUAAAAUCCAUGAAACAUUGCAGAUGUUGUCAUUUACAUUAUUUGGUGUACUAGCUGGAGCAAGUUUAGUACAUACUUUGUUUGUACAAGCAUUAGCUAAUGCAACACAAACUGGAAGUAGUACAAAUCAAUAUUAUUUACUCUUAAGACUUUAUGGCGCUUAUGCUCGACCGGUUUCAGUAACGUUUUAUGCAUCGUUAGCAGUAGUUGGAGUUUUUGUAUUCGGAAAAUUCGAUUUGGGAAGACCAACGAUAAAUUGUGUUCGAAAAUGUGCGAGACUACAGAAUGGUCUUAUGGCUAUUAUAUUCUACAUGCUUUGCUUCAUAAUUAAUAAUUCUAUGAACCGGUUUGAUUAUAUUCUUCAUACAACUAGUUACAAAAGUGAUACUCAAAUAAAGUACCUACUGAAUACAGACAGUGAACUGAAUAAUUCCCUGAAAAUCUGGUUAAUACUUGAUGCUGGCCGUACAGCACUCAUUCUUAUCACAUGGAUAUCAGUCGGUUUGGGUGAUCCACUUUACGACAGGCUAAUUAAGACGCUAAGCAGCAGUCCAACAGGAGAUGGAAGAAGGGACGCCGAUAUGAAGAAUGAAGGUCAAAUAAGAUCGAAUACAGAAUGAUGAUAAGUGAACACAAUCUAAUUAAAAGGUGUUUUUCUAAUUUUCACUUUUCUUUAAAUCUGUUUAAGAAUUUCGCUAAUUUUUUUUUCAAAUAUAAACUAUUGAUUCAAUGAA